AUGCAUCAAAAAGGCCUGGUGGUGCUUCUGAGCACCCUUGCCAGUUCUCGGGUGGCAGCUGCUGGGAGCUUGCCUCGAGGUGUCGGCCCUGAGUUCGCCAAGUUCUUUUCGACGAAAGAGCCCUUCCAAUGCAUCGGGCAUCCCUCCAUCGUCCUCAAACCCUCUCAGAUCAAUGACAACAGCUGCGACUGCCCCGAUGGCUCUGACGAGCCAGGCACUGCUGCCUGCGCACAUCUUGACCCCUUAUCUCCGGAACAGCCCUUGCCUUCCUCGACAAGCGGAACGACCAACGUCACGAACGCCCUGCCUGGCUUCUGGUGCGAGAACGCCGGCCACAUCGGCUCAUAUGUGCCCUUCGUCUUUGUGAACGACGGAGUAUGCGACUACGACCUCUGCUGCGAUGGAAGCGAGGAAUACUCCCAUGCUGGCGGUGUCAAGUGCCAGAACCGCUGUGACUCCAUCGGCAAGGAGUACCGAAAGCUCGAAGACGCUCGAAAGCAGGCCAAGGAGAAGGCCGCUAAGCGCCGGAGGACCAUGUCGAAGGAGGCCAGAGAACUUCGACGCAGGGUGGAGGCUAAGAUCACAUCCCUGGAGGAGGAGAUCAAGGGUUUGCAAGCCAAGAAGGACGAGCUGGAGCAGAAGUACCAAGAGGUCGAGCGGUCCGAGCGCGGAAAGGUCGUCAAGACAGACGGCGAGGGUGGCAAGCUGGGAGUCUUACUGGGACUGGCCAAGGGCAGGGUGAGCGAACUCCGCGACACCCUGGACAAGGUCCUAGACCAGCGCGAUUCACUCCAGGAGCGCGUCAACGAGCUGGAGGAGAUCCUCAAGAAGUUCAAGGAGGAGUACAACCCCAACUUCAAUGACGAGGGUGUGAAAGCUGCCGUCAAGGGCUGGGAGGACUACGCCGCCAAGACGGCAGACGCUAAGGAACCCGAGCUUAAGGAGUCCGAGAUAGAUGAGAUCCUGAAGGUGGACGGCGAGAGCUCUGGAAUCAACUGGAAUGAGUUCGAGGGCGAGGAGGCUGUGGACACUGAUAUCCUCUACAGCAUUGAGGCCUACCUGCCCGAGUCUCUGCGGGCCUACCUCCAUGGAAAGUUCAACGCCCUGAGGGUAUGGCUGAUCGAGAACGGCAUCGUCGCGGACAACCCUUCGUCUGGCCACGAGUCGAAGCUGGUGACUGCUGCCCGUGAGGCCUUCCAGGCGGUCUCUGAUGAUCUGUCCAAGAAGGAGCGAACCCUCGGCGAGCAGCAAGAAGACCUCAAGAAGGACUACGGCCCUGAUGACAUCUUCCGAGUCCUGAAGGACAAGUGUGUUGAUGUUGACAGCGGGGAAUACACCUACGAGAUUUGCUGGCUUGAUAAGACCAGCCAGAAAUCCAAGAAGGGCCACGGAAACACGAACAUGGGCAAAUUCACCCGCUUUGACAUCGAGGAGGCCGACGACGAGGAGCGCCUAGACGGCAAGAGCCUGGGCAAGGGACCACGCAAGGUGAUGCGGUACGAGAACGGCCAGAGCUGCUGGAACGGGCCCCAGCGACGGACAGACGUCUGGCUUGGCUGUGCUGAGACGGAGGAGAUCUGGAGGGUCAGCGAGUCUGAGAAGUGUGUGUACAAGAUGGAGGUGGGUACACCAGCUGCCUGCGAAGACGUCCACGAGCCAGGAGUCAGGUCCAAGGACGAGCUGUAA